GCUCUCGUCGUCGUCGCGUCCACGCGCGAGGACCCCGACGGAUCCAAGCGCGCGCCGGACCCGUCCGCGCGCGGGACGGUCGACGCCGCGGACGACGACGCGUUCCGCGAGUGGCUCCUGAAGUCCGAGAUGCCGAAGACGGGAAAGAGAGCGCUGCGCGCGCUGUCGUCGCUGCCGCUCGCGAUAUCGGAGUUUCUCGUCAUCGCCGGGUUCUCCGCGCUCGGGACGGUGAUCGAGCAGAACAAAGGGACGCAGUGGUACGUCACGAACUACCCCGUGGACGAUCCCGCGCUGGGGUUCAUCGACUACCCGCUCAUCUUAAACCUCGGACUGGACCACAUCUACACCGAGUGGUAUUUCCUCGGCCUCCUCGGCGCGCUCGCGGCGUCGCUGACCGCGUGCACGUUCACGCGUCAGCUCCCGGUGUGGAAGGUGGCCGCGGACUGGAAGUUUCUCGACCGCCCGCGGACGCUCCUGAAGAUGGAUGAGGCGGAGACGCUGCCGCGCGCGCGGAGCGAAGAUUUAGCCGACGCGCUCGCGAGACGCGGGUACCAAGUCUUCGUGAAAGGGAAGGCGCUGUACGCGUUCAAAGGCCUCGUCGGUCGGCUCGCCCCGAUCGGCGUCCACGCCGGGUUGCUGCUCACCCUGGGCGGCGCCGCGUACAGCGGCCUCGGCGGGUUAGGCGGCUCGAUCAUGGCCCCCGAGGGCACGAGUUUCGUCAUCGGGGACGGGUUACGACGCGGCGGGAGCGUCUUCGCGCCGCGACCCGCGGCGGCGAAGGACUCCGUCGUCGUGAACGACUUCACGAUCGAGUACUUACCCAACGGUCAGGUCUCGCAGUUUUUCAGCGACCUCUCCGUCGUGGACGCGAAGGACGGCAGCGAGAAGCAGCGUAAGACGAUCAGCGUGAACGUGCCGUUGCGUCAAGGCGGGGUGACGAUGUAUCAGACGGAUUGGGAGAUCGCGUCCGUGCGUCUGCGCGCGCGCGCGGACGGCGACGCGUCCGCGGGCGAGACGCUGUCGCUGCCCAUGGCGAACCUCGAGGGCGUGGGCAACUUCCAGGGACGCAUCUGGGGCGCGUUCUUGCCGCUCAACCCGGACGCGUCCCCCGGGACCCCGGAGGCGCGCGUCGGGGUGUCGCUGCUCGCGCGCGACUUUCAGUCCGUCGCCGCGUACGCGAGCGACGGGUCGUUCGCCGGCGUCCGACGCCCGGGUUCGGGCCGGCCCAUCGUCGUCGACGGCUUGACGCUCGUGAUCGACGACGUGAAAGGGUCGACCGGGCUGGAGCUGAAGACGGACCCGGGCGUGCCGUGGGUCUACGCCGGGUUCGCGGGGCUCAUGGUCACGUCGUUCCUGUCGUUGCUGUCGCACUCGCAGGUGUGGGCGGUCGGGGAGGAGUCGAGCGGGUUGUUACACGUGGGGGGGCGGAGCAACCGCGCGAAGGAGGAGUUCAAGACGGAGCUGGACGAGGUCUUGAGCGAGGUGCCGGAGUACCGGUGA